AAAGGAUCAACCGGUCCUCACCCUUUCUUUUUUAAAGAGAGGUUGGAGAUUCAAGGUGGGAUGUGCGUGUAAUUGUUUCAACUUUCAAAAAAAAAAAAAAAGAAAAAAAAGAGAAAAAAAAAAAACUAUAUCCAAUGAAUAGCUACCACGUGUCCUUCCGUCUUUACCCUACCAGUUUUCGCCAUUUGUCUUGCCGUGGGAGGUACACACAUACCAUACAAGUCUACUAUGUUUUUUUAAUGUUCGGAAACCUAAAAGCUCGCUCCGAUAAACAAACAAGAAUCAAACGGAAAAUCGAAACAAUUUCGAGCCUUGAAUUUCCAUUCGUGGAUAUGCAGACCUCAAUGGAUGACGGAACAAGAAGAAUAGAAACUUCUGCAGGAGAGGAAUUAAGUUUAUGUGAAGCUAACAGAAAUCAAGAACCGUUUGAGGGUAUGCUAUUUGAAUCUGAAGAUACUGCUAGAGCAUUCUAUGAUGAAUAUGCCAGAAGGGUAGGAUUUGUAACCCGUGUUCUAUCAUCCCGUAAGUCAGAGCGUGAUGGGUCAAUUAUUUCACGGGGACUUGGAUGCAGAGGAGGUUCUGAUAAUAAAAAUACAUCGAGUCUUCCAGUUCAAAAACAAGAUAGACGACGAGAAGGUUGUACGUCAAUGAUCUUAUUGAAGAGAGAGAAGCCUGGUAGAUGGGUGGUUAGAAAAUUUGUGAGGGACCAUAAUCAUCCCCUAGUGGUUUCAUUUCCAAAGAGGCGUCCGAGUUAUGGCGUUCCUUGGAUUGUGGCAUGAGAAUAGAAAAUUGGGACCUACUUGGAUUGUGGCAUGAGAAUAGAAAAUUGGGACCUACUUUAGAGGUAAGGUUACUAUAAGAAAGGUAUGUUGACCCUAUGAGUUAAAGUUGUGAGUUGGUAUUGUGAGAUGUUUCUCUCCUUUAGGUGCGAUGAGUUUGACUCCAUCUCGAUAGAGAUUGGGCGUUCAUGGUUGGACGACAAGUGUUGUAGUGCACUCUGGAUGAGGGUCGUCCGGCUCUUAGAAGAGCAAGGUUUUAUUUUUUAUUUUUUUUACAACGCAUUUUAAAGCCGCGAUGGCCGUGAACCUAUUAGAACUUCGGAGUUAAGCAUGUUUAACCUGGAGUAGUACUAGGAUGGGUGACCUAUUGCGAAGUCUCUGGUUUGAGGGAGCAAAAAACGGACAAUAUUGUGUAUGGGUAGGGUGAGUAUUGUUACAAAUGGUAUCAGAGCCGAAGCCUAGCUGGAAGUGUGGCCAACGAGGAUGUUGGGCCUCACGGGGGGUGAUUGUGACGAUCUCUGUGGGCGGGUGUGAGAUACUGGACAAGCUACCACACUGGCAGGUUACAGGGUGUCACGAUCCCACAUAAGUACUGUAUGUAAGGUUCAACACCCUUCUAUGACACAUUGCGUUUUAAAAUCGUGAUGGCCGUGAACCUAUCAGAACUUCAUAGUUAAGCGUGCUUAAAUUACAAUAGUACCCGGAUGGGUGACCCCCUGAGAAGUCUCUGGUCCGGGGGAGUCAAAAGUGGACAAUAUUGUGUCUGGAUAGGGUGAGGGUUGUUACAACCAUAAUUACCAUGAUGAAGAAAGAUACUUGUUAUUGUUAUGUACUUAGGUUCAUUA